AUGGGAGUGAAAGAUCUUUGGAAUAUUUUAUCGCCUUUGUGCGAAAGAAAACCAAUGUUCGAGCUGCAAGGGAAAACAAUAGCAAUUGACAUGAGUUGUUGGGUUGUGGAUAGUCAAACUAUUACAGAUAAUUCUGUACAACCAAAAAUGUAUCUUAGGAAUCUAUUUUUCCGGACAGCAUUUCUUCUUAUGCAAGAUAUAUCACCGGUAUUUGUAUUGGAGGGAAAAGCACCCACCCUGAAACAUAAUACAAUUGCAAAACGAAAUGACGUUCGUAGUGGAUCUCGAGUCAGGAAAACUACUCGUAAAGGUGGAAGAUUACAGUUUAAUAGGAUUCUCAAUGAAUGUAAACAAAUGCUUCAGCAUAUGGGUUUAGCAUGUGUACAGGGACAUGGGGAAGCUGAAGCAAUGUGUGCUUAUUUAAAUGAAGAUGGGCUCGUUGAUGGAUGUAUAAGCCAAGAUAGCGAUUGUUUUUUAUACGGUGCAAAGGUAGUUUAUAGAAAUUUUUGCACAAGUGCUCAAGGAAAUCGAGGGGGUACUGGUGGUGCUGUGGAUGAAUAUGACUUAGAGAAAAUAGAAAAAAUAUUGGGUUUAGGGAGAAAUAAAAUGAUAGCAUUAGCUUUAUUAUGCGGGUGUGAUUAUGACGAUGGAAUAAAUGGAGUAGGCAAAGAAGCUGCUAUGAAACUUUUUAAAAUUGUAAAAGAUGAAGAUAUUCUGGAUCGAAUAAAAAGUUGGAAAACAGAUGAUGCUUUAUGUAUCAGAGAAGCAAGAUUAGCAAAUUCAAAUUUGUGUUCAUCUUGUGGUCACAAUGGUGAAGUCCAAAAACAUGCAAAAUCAGGUUGCAUAGAUUGUGGUACCGUUGUGAAAUGCAAUGAUUCUUACAGGGAACAAAGAGCAUUGUUAUUAAACGAAAUUGCUUUGCAAAAGAAAGCACUUCUUAUCGAGCACUUUCCAAAUCAAGAACUGAUAGAUGAGUUUCUUAUUAGAAAAGAUCCAGUUUCGACAGAAAUAGACAUUCAGUGGAAACAACCGCAAAUCAGCGAAUUCAUAGAUUUCAUGGAACGACAUUUAUCUUGGAAGCCGCAAUACGCAUUUGAAAAGAUAUUUCCUCUAGUGACACGUUGGCAGCUCUCGCACCUUCCAAACAUAUCUAUCGAAGAUCGUUUAAUAUCCGACUUAUUCGUGCCUGAAGCGAUAAAAAAGAUUCGAAACGUUAGGUCUGUAGCGAGUUACGAAAUUAUUUGGAAAUCGGAUCACGACAUAGUCGAGAAGUUGAAAGAGUACGUAGCAUUGGACGAGGAAAACGACGACAGUGAUGCAGAUAUCCUGGCUGAAUUAACGAGUAUCGAGCCGCAGGACGUUGUACAGAAAUGUUAUCCAAAGUUAGUCGAGGCGUUCGAGAAUGCGAGAAACGCAAAAGUGAAAAAGCGGCCUGCUAAGAAUAAAGCAAACGACGGAACAAACGCUAAUGAUAAUACGAAACGUAAACCGGAGAAGAGACGUCAUAGGAAAAAGGAAACUGUAGAAAAUAUUAAGAAGAUCGACGAGUUCCUUUGUAAAAAUCGUCCUUUGUCGUUGGAAGAAUCCUUCGAAAGUAUGAGUAUUACACCGAAGAGAUCGAAAAAGUUGAACGUUCAACGAGAAAAUCGAGAAAUUAAUGGUAAAGUAAAACGUGGUCCUCAGUUUGAUAAAGUGUUGCAAACAGAAAAUACCAAUUCGAGGUUGAACAAUACAUUGGAUAGGAUGUUCAACGAACUUUCACCGGAUGAUUUUAUCAGCGACAACGACGAUCACGAUUUAAAUAUAUCACAAAUAAUCGACGAUAUAUGUACGAAAAGCGUGUUUCACUUGAAUAUUAAGGAAAAUGUACGAUCGCCUGAAGCUGAAAAUACUCUCAGCGAAAAAAGGAUCGACGAUUUUAAAAUAAUCAACGACGUACCGAAUUCUCUAACAGAGCUUAAUCAAGAUAAAAAAAGUAACACUAUUUGCAACGAUGUUAGGGACGAAUUUGCACAUAUAAACGAAUCUUACGUUCCUCUUAACGAAAGACUAUUAACUUGCAAAGGGAGAGAUGAAUUUCCAAAAAUUGCUGCUGAGACAGACGAUAGAUUUAGUCUUGGAUUUAAUUCUUUGAUGAACGAUACUAACCCGGAAACCCAAUGUCAUACUUAG